AAAAUAUUUUCAUAAAAAAACCCACCCAUUUUUCCUACUUGCAAAGCGAAAAUGUUGUCUGUCUUAAGAAAGGCAAGUGGUCUUAAAAGCUUUUCACAAGCGGCCUGUCUAAACCAACUGCUUCAAAGAUACAUGAGCAAUGCUGUCGUCGGGGUAAAGCCCGCACAUAAAACUGCCAAAGCCUUUGAAAGUAUCCCAGGUAAAUAUAUGAAUUUUAUUUAAUAGAUAAACUAAUAUUUUCAAAGCUGUCCACACAAAUAUAGCCUCAGAUAUUCGUCGUUAAACUAACUAUAUACGAAAGCCUGUAUACAAAAGCGUAGCAUUUGCUAGACUUCUCGGAGUUUGCCAAUUUGAGAAGUAAAAAUCAACGCUUGUUAAAUUAUUAUUAACUGUGAUUUGAUUUUGUAUGUAUUGAGAUAGUUUGUUUAUAAAAAUACACCUGUUCUGUUCAACUAAAAGCUUGGAUUUUUUAUAGAAGAAUUAUACAAUGCUGGACUUUUAUUUCAAAAUCCCAAGCGGUUCAAAUAAAAGCGUGUAGCAAAUAUUUUUUUGCCAUUUUAUACGACAAUGUUUUGGCAGACAUGCGAGCCGAUUCCGCCGAUUCCCGCUUCGGGUUUACAAAAGUUUUACUGGUAUUGCCAAUUUCAAUCGAAUACUUAAAUACACAAAUACAUUUACUUGCCAUAAAUUUGUGUGUUCGUUCUCCGUGUUUUCCCUCGUUUAUAUUAGAUCAUUGUCGAGUAAAAUGCCCUCGAAUACUUGUAUAUCAAAUUUCAUUGUCAAACCGACUCAAACGCAUGUGACAUUUUGACCCUGAUUUUGAACGAAAGUUUAUGAGUUCAAAACGUACAAAAUUUAUUAAAAUAUGGCCUUGUUCUUCGCAUCUGCUCUUAAGGAACGAUUAUUUCAUCUUUUCCAAAUAUUUCUGAGCUAAACUUAGCCGUUUAACACACAGUGUUUCGUCUAGUAAAAGCACAAUAUGGCUAACAUAUUGAAUUACUAAUUUCAAAUCCCAAAGGACCAAAAUGGUUUUCCCCUGCGAAUUUUAAUAUAUAAAGUUCGCUCAAUUUUAAUAGCUCAAUUUAAUACUAUAUUUCAACUUAAUUAAAAGGCAAAAGAUUUAUAAUUACACAGCUAGUAGAUAGAAUUUAGUUUUAAUGUAGGCUUUAUCUGUAAACUGUGAUGAAUAUACCCCCCAAAGGUCAAUCCUAUUUUUGUACCUUACAGUAAUAGUCACAUGCAAGUCAUACGAUUUUUUAAUGAAUUUGUAAUUAAUAUUUACAUUGUUGGCAAACGGGGGGGGGGGGGGCAAAAACCCAAACUAUUGAAAUAACGUAUUGUUAGGAAUGCCUAGCACUCUGCUAAACCCACAAGUGCAUAAAAGCUUGUCAUAAGUAAAUUUUAUCCAUAAAGAAACUAUUUGUUGUGUUGGUGUAGUGUACUCAGGUGAAUAAGAUGCUUGUGAUGUUACUCUGAGUGUGUAUCCACACCAGGCAGGCUUGUUUCAAUAUGCCUGGCCACGGUGGCAAUCGAACCCAUGACCUUUGGAAUACUAGCCCAAUGCUCUGCCAACUGAGCUACGUGGAAAAACUGUUUAAAAUUUCCAAUAGUUUGGGUUGUUUUGAGACCCCUGUAUAUGGCAUUCUGUCAAAGUCAAAAAAAUAGUUGCUUAUGCUGGAUAGCUUUAUCAGUUCUAAACUGUUCUCCCUUGUAGUUAGAGCUCGACAACUGUCUCUCUGUAGCUCAGUUGGUUAGAUCUCGACAACUGUCUCUCUGUAGCUCAGUUGGUUAGAGCUGGGCAACUGUCUCUCAGUUGGGUAGAGCUCAACAACGGUCUCUCUGUAUCUCAGUUGGUUAGAGCUCGACAACUGUCUCUCUGUUAGCUCAGUUGGUUAGAGCUCGACAACCGUCUCUCUGUAGCUCAGUUGGUUAGAGCUCUACAACUGUCUCUCUGUAGCUCAGUUGGUUAGAGCUCAACAACUGUCUCUCUGUAGCUCAGUUGGUUAGAUCUCGACAACUGUCUCUCUGUAGCUCAGUUGGUUAGAGCUCGACAACUGUCUCUCUGUAGCUCAGUUGGUUACAGCACUGCACCAGAAUCGCAGGGUCGAUUCCUGCCAGAGGGAUGAUAGGUCCAUUUUUUGCGACUUUUCCUGGUUAGGUCUUUAGAAUAAAUGUGUAAAAAUUCCAAUUGCAAUUUUCAUCCACAUAUCCCGUCAAAGAAACCUGAACUAAACUAAUUUUAUUCCUCUCGAAUUCUACCAGGUGCAUUGCUAACAAAUCCCAGAACGGAAUACCGAAACGUCCGCAUUUACCAAGGAAAGAUAAAAGCAGUCGUCCUAGAUUGGGCCGGUACGGUCGUGGACUGUGGCGUACUCUCUCCUGCAAUUGUCUUUAGAAAAGUCUUCGAACUUGAAGGCGUGCCGAUCACUAAUGAAGAAGCCCGGGAACCAAUGGGAAUGCACAAAAAGGUCCACAUACGAACCGUCACUCAGAUGGAUUCGGUACGAAAACGAUGGAAGGAAAAAUUCGGACGAAGCCCUAACGAAGAGGAUGUCGAACGAAUAUACGAGAACUCAGUUCCGAUUCAACUAGCGUGUUUAGAAGAGUACAGUGAAAUGAUAACCGGUGCCGUUGAAACUGUCAACCUACUCCAAAAAGAAUGGGGUCUGAAGAUCGGUUCGACCACUGGGUUUACGACGCCGAUGUUGGACAUAUUGAAAAAGAUUUCAGCCGAAAAUGGGUACAUCCCCGACUGCUAUGUAGCCGCUGAUCAAGUACCGCAGGCUCGGCCAUACCCAUAUAUGGUAUGGAUGAAUGCAAUCCAAUUGGAUGUUAAUCCGAUAUCAGCUAUAGUGAAGGUUGACGAUACGAAGGAUGGUAUUCGAGAAGGAAUAUCAGCGGGUUGCUGGAGCGUUGGUCUGGCAAGAACGGUAAGUCAGAAGAGUUUUGCAUCGGUUGCAGUACUACUUUAAGUAAUUGUUACUUAAUUUUAAACUAAUUACAUUUUUGCUUAAAAUGAAACUAUAACUUGUUACUUUUCCGACCUUUCUUAAUUUUUUCGUUACAUUUUCAUGUUAAAAUUAGGGAUGAGCCGAUUAAUCGGUAAAUAAUCGGCAAAGCCGAUUAAUUGGCCGUUUUUUAAAUAAUCGGUAAUCGGCUGAUUAUUGCCUGAUAAUCGGCAAAUAAUCGGCCAUAAGACUUUUUCUGCAGCUGCCAAUCACAUGCUAAAAUACUGAAUACAAGCGAAUAGAUUUUCACAUUUUGUUGCCAAACCUGUGUCUUUUGUCUCAAGCGAAGUGAAGCUGGGAACAUUUCCACUAAAAAAACGCAGCAGACUAGCUCCCCAUAGCUGACAGUGCCUUGUUUUUACACCAUAAUCUGCCAAAACUAAACUUUGACUAUUGACAUGAGAGACUGAAGCUGUUUUUAAUUGUACAAAGUGUGUAUUGUAAACAAUAAAAGCGCAGUUACAACUUCAUUGUUGGUCAUCUUGUGAUUUUUCGCUUGCUUUUUAAAAUAAUCGGUGGGUACCGAUUAAUCGGCCGAUUAGUUACAAUAAUCGGCUUAUAAAUAAUUGGCCUCAGUAAUCGGCAAUUUUCCUUAUCGGCUUAUCCCUAGUUAAAAUACAGUACUUAAUAUGUUGUUUAUACUAUCAACUUUUGAAUUUCACUGUGCUAUUACUCCCCUCCUUUAUGCCGGCUUGCAGUUCAGAUAUCCCAUUCUUUACAGUACUAAGUUUAAUUCAAACACUCAUUAAUAAUUCAUAAGCUUAUUGGCAAAUCAUGUCAACUAUAAUGUCAUGUGCAGUGGCUUUAAACCUGAUAAAACACUCCUAAUUAGUAUUCUUUAUAUAAAGAAUACUAAUAAGGCAGUAUCUAUUGUUGUGUGUCCUCAUUAGUAUUUUUUAUAUAAAGAAUACUAAUAAGGCAGUAUAUCUAUUGAAUUUGUAUAGUCGUGUUUGAAGCCGUUUAAUAAACUCGCAGGUCGUGUUUUAUUAGGUCUAAAGCCACUCGCUCGUGUCUUUAAACCUAAUAAAACACUCCUGCUCGUUUAUUAAACAGCUCUUAACCCAUUGAGUGGCAAGCACUCUCUCCCCUUGACGAGUAAAAUCACAGUCAGCAUCUUUAUAAAAUCUGACCAAAUUUGCUCUUUUCCAGGGUAAUUAUGUGGCAUUAAACGAAAACGAAAUAGACGAACUGAGCGAGGAAGAAUACGAACUCAAGAUUGCAAAAUCCUACGAAACCCUGGCGAACGCGGGCGCACAUUACGUCAUCGACAGCAUUGCUGAACUCCCUCCCGUAAUCGAAGAUAUAAACCGCAGACUUGCUGCGGGCGAACGACCUUGAACGUGAUAACUUAUUAUUUAUAAAAGCCCUUAUUUCAAGAUUUUUCAAAUUUUUUGGUUAUGGUGGACAGACUCGCUCGCACACUUUUUAGGCAGGCGACUGUUAAUUCUGUAAAGUUUAUUAAAUUUUAUUACAAUAUUAUUACAAUAGGGCUCUAAAUUAAAAAGAAUAAAGGUUUUACAAUUAUAAAAAUAAUUAGUCUCAAUUUUUCAA